AUGGUGGCCGCGCUGGGGGGCGACGCGCGCGCCGCCGGCGCCGCCGCGCCCAAGCCCGAGAUCAACGUCGCCAAGCUCACCAAGGCUGAGGAGGCGAUAUUCACCCUCCAGCCCGGCAAGGACGCCUUCGUCAAGCUCGCCGCGGCGCUCGCGCCCUUCAGGCCCGUCGUCGAUCACGUCGCCGACGCGCUCUCCUGGCGGAGCACUCGCAAGGCCAUGGCCGCGCAGGCUGCCUUUACGUACGCGGUGCUCUACCCUUACGUGAUCAUCCCGGGAAUUCUGCUCACCCUGGGCACGUGCACGCUGACGAACAGGAAAGAAGACGAGGGGUCCGGCGACGAGGACGACGGCGAGACGCGGUCCGAGCCCGCCAAGAAGAAGCCGACGCCCGCCGAGCCCAAGGGCGCGAGCUGGCGAUCCAAGGCGAGGAAACUGGACGCGCGAGACGUUCAGCGCGCGUUGGAGAACGUCGCGACGAGGCUCGAGCGAAUCAUCGCGCUCACGACGUGGGAAGAUCCCGUGGUCACCGGCGCGUUCGUCGCGGGGUGCCUGGUCGCGGCGCUCUUCCUCGCGUCGCACUCGUUCCAGGUGGUUUUACUGUGCGUCGGAUUGUACGCGACGAGGCCGCCGUCGUGGCGGGUCGUGCCGGGGCCGCUGGAGAGCCUCUUGGGGCGCAUGCCGGACAAGGGCGAGGCGUACGCGAGGCUGAUGCAGGAGACGGGGAAUGGGGGCAAGGGCGCCGCCUCGGGCGCGUGA